ACAAUGCCGAGGUUGGCGCGUGGAUGCCGGCGGGGAUGAGCGCCGCGGAGUGGCUCGAGAAGGAGGCGGAGGAGAAGCGGCAGGAGGAGCUGCGCGCCGCGCCGCCGCCGCCCCCCACCGGAGGGAUGGGAAUGGGGAUGGGAGGGGGGGUGGGAGGGGGGGUGGGCGGCAGCCCGAGGACGGGCGGCCCUGCCCCGCCCGCCCCCCACCACCCCGGCGCAGGAGGAGGGCCCCCGGGGGCCUGCCUCUCCAAGGGGGCAGGCCCGCACGGAGGCUGUCCUCCCGCGGGCAUGCCGGCGGGCGGCGCGGCGGCGGGCGGCUUCCGCCGGCCGCAGGGCGGUAAGGUGAGGCUGACCGACCACUACCGCACGCAGGCUGGGCUGUGAUGCGCCGGUAGACGCGUGGAGCGAGCCUCGCGGGCGGGACCGUGGCGGGCGCCGGAAGCGGGCGCCGUGGAGGGGGUGCACCGCGGGCACAGAGAGCCGCUCAACGCGACCGGCUCGGGAGCUCCGUCGCCGAGCGGGCCGGAGGCGAUGUGAUGAUCCGUGAGGUGCUGUUGGAGCGACGCGCAUCGAGGAUCGAGGAGACGCAGACGGUGUUGCUGGUUCAGAGCGACACGCUCCGCCGGAGUGCCGAGCCUGUAGCACUUGCCGCGUGACGAGGUCGAGGCGUGUUUUGGGGCGUCUGUGUCUUCUCUGCCGGACACAAAACUCGAAGUAAACACGG